UACUGAACACGACCUGCCGCCUGCCACAUCUGGAGACGCUUCCCAACACGAGAAACUUCAACUUUUGCGUUUACUCUGCGCAGAAACACUCAGGCGUUUGCGAUUUAUCUGUCCGUCAGGGUGAAUUUGGCUUUCUCUUGAUAGUAAGUAGAGAUUCUUGAAGCCAAGCUGGCGUCUGUCUGUCUUUCUCUGAGCUUUUUACAUCACCGUUGGUAAACAGAGAUCGCUUGGGAGUUUCAUACAUUCAGUUGCGGUGUAACUGCCACGCUUUACUGUGUUUUACUUCAACACCAUUUCUUUUCAUAACACUAAAUGACACAUUUCCAUGUUGUGCUCCCACUUGUUAGUGAAAAAGAAGCGUAACCAAGGAAAGAGAAGCACAGCAAUGCAUUGAUUCACGCAAAUCAAGUAGUCAAAUCUAUGAAAAGUUUGUAAAUUCACCCUCAUACAGUUAAAGAUUUGUCAAAAUUGUUAUUUGUUGUUAAAUGAUAUGAUUAAACCCUGUCUGAGAGCCUGCUGGUUUACUGUCGCUUGUACAGUAGGCUAGUACAUUUCUGCGUUGAUGGUGACAUGAGUCAGAGGGAAUCAAACUGUGAAAUUCAACAGCGACCGAUGAUGGAGUGAUACAUUUUGGGCUUAUUUUUGUACAGCACUGAUCUAACACUUUGGAAGAGAAGACUGGAAUAAGCCAUAAGGCGCACAGCUCCAUACUGAAGUGUUUAAGUUAGUCUGAGGGGAAAUUUAAAAGACCUAAAAAUACAGCGUUGGUUUCUUCCCUACAAAGAAUCAUUUGAACUUCCCACCGCAGAGCGAGAGCGACAUAAAUAGUUCUGACAUGUGGAUGUAAUUUCAGAAGAGGAAAAAAGACAGAUGCAGAGAAAUAAAGAGAGCGGACUGAGCCUGAGCAUAUAGUAGAUUAUAGGAAAUUAAAUCGAGGGCAGAGCGAGGCGAUUACAGAGUUAUGAUUUCACAAGCGGCCAUAAGCAUCAAGAGGCCAGAUGGAGUAAAAAAAUACAACUCGCUCCGCUUUGAAGAGAGUUAAGUAGAUUAAGUAAUAUCAUUUGAGCAUCAUCAGCAUCUGUUUGAGCCCUGCAAGGACUCUUGGAGGUAGAGCUGCCUCAGGUCAGGGAUGGGAUCCGCUCUGCUGCUCCACAAUCUGGACUUUCUUCUCAUCUCACUACUCAGCAGUUUAUGCCUGGUUUACGCAGAUGAUGUGCUCACGAAAGAAGAACAGAUAGGCCUGUUAUUCAAAGCCAAACGGAAGUGUGAGGGGAACAUCAAGUCAAAGCACAAGGUCGCUGAUGGUUUCUGCUCACCAGAAUGGGACGGCAUUGUGUGUUGGCCUGAAGGAGCUCCGGGAAAACUUGUAUCCACCGCAUGUCCAGAGUAUAUCUAUGACUUCAACCAUAAAGGACUGGCAUACCGUCGGUGUGACAACAACGGAACAUGGGAGCUGGCCACAACCAACAACAAGACAUGGGCCAAUUAUAGCGAAUGUGCAAAAUUCCUCUACCAUUACAACCAGAGCCAUGAAAAGGAGGUCUUUCACCGUCUGUAUCUCAUCUACACAGUGGGGUACUCCAUCUCUCUGGGAUCACUCAUGGUGGCUGUGGUCAUCUUGGGAUAUUUCCGACGGUUACACUGCACCAGGAACUACAUCCACAUGCACCUAUUUGUGUCCUACAUGCUAAGAGCUAUAAGUAUUUUUGUGAAGGAUGUUGUGCUCUACUCUGGAUCUGCCUUAGAGGACAUGGAAAGAGUCACAGUGGAAGACCUCAAGUCCAUCACUGAGGCUCCGCCAGCCAACAAAACACAGUUUAUUGGCUGCAAGGCGGCUGUGACCUUGUUCAUGUACUUUCUGGCGACCAAUUACUACUGGAUCCUUGUUGAGGGUCUGUACCUCCACAGCCUCAUCUUUAUGACCUUCUUCUCAGACAGAAAGUAUCUUUGGGGAUUUACUCUGAUUGGAUGGGGAGUACCAGCUAUGUUUGUGACGGUUUGGGCAACUGUGAGAGCCACAUUUGCAGACACAGAGUGUUGGGACUUAAGUGCAGGCAAUUUGAAAUGGAUAUAUCAAGUGCCUAUCCUGGCAGCCGUUGUGGUUAAUUUUAUGUUAUUUCUGAACAUCAUCAGAGUCUUGGCAACUAAACUACGAGAAACAAAUGCUGGAAGGUGUGACACAAGGCAACAGUACAGAAAACUGUUGAAGUCCACAUUGGUGUUGAUGCCACUGUUUGGCGUCCACUACAUCAUAUUCAAUGCCAUGCCUUAUACAGAAGUGUCUGGAGUUCCCUGGCAGAUCCAGAUGCACUACGAGAUGCUUUUCAACUCCUUCCAGGGAUUCCUAGUAGCAAUUAUCUACUGCUUUUGCAAUGGGGAGGUGCAAGCUGAGAUCAAAAAGUCCUGGAGCAGGAGGACUCUGGCCCUGGACUUCAAAAGAAAAGCUCGGAGUGGCAGUAACACCUACAGCUAUGGACCUAUGGUAUCACACACCAGUGUUACCAACGUCACUGCCAGAGGACCGCUGGCUCUCCACCUCACCACGAGGCUGGGGCCGGUGUCUGUGAACGGGCACCGGAACCUUCCCGGGUACGUGAAGAAUGGCUCUGUCUCGGAGAACUCUAUACCUUCGUCGGGACAGGAGCUCCAUAUUCCCGAAGAAGAGCAUUCUGCUCAUACACGGCCCUGUGAGGACGAGAAACCCUCACCGGUGGUGGAGGAGGAGAGGGAGACAGUCAUGUGACCUCCAGGGUGCUGUGUAUAGGGAUAAAAAACUGAUAAAAAAAAAAAACAAAUCAUGAAACAGUCUCAGGAUGGUCUGAAGGGGAAGGCUGCCUGCAUCAACACUGCCAGUUUUUUCUCCUGUGAAUUGAGCUAGAACAUUGCCGACUGAUGAGGCUCAAGGCAAAAAGGGUGUAUCACCUCUGUGAGCUGGACCACCUUUAUUUGAGGAUGAUGACCCUCAUUGUUGUGGCAAAUACUCUCAAACCUUUCACCAAGCACCUGCCACAGUGAAUGUGUAAAAGGCUGAAAACAGACUGCCAUUUCUUAUUUCUUUUCCACUGCCAUAAUUGUUAUCUUUUUUGUCUUGUGCUCAGUUUUUGUGCAUAAAUCAGACUGGGAUUAGUUAGUUGCCAGGAACAGCCUUAAUCACCUAUUUAAAGCCAGGUGGAUCUUGAGUGCACUUAGUGGCACAUGUGUGGGUAAUUUCAAAACAUUGAAACAGAUUAAGUUUUAGGAUUAAGUCGGUGUGAAUAGACUAAGUGUAGGCUUGGCUUAAAAUAAUUUUAAUCCUAGCUGUUUUGAGGAAUCUGUUCAUCUUUUCUGGCAUUUGUUCUGCAUUGACUUAAAUCCACUUCAGUGUAAAAGGGAAGGUACUCAGGUAAUUGAAGUCCUCUGUUGUUGCACACCUAUUUUUAUACUUUUAAAGUGGUGUUUUAGCAUGGUCAGCAUUUCUCUCCAGAGGAUGUUGGUGUGUUAUAUAAGGCUGUGUUCAUUUUUAUUUCUCAAAAUGUACAGUUUCUGCUGUUUAGAAUGACCCAGUUUUCAUCUCUCUAAUUACAACAGAUCUCAUAGAGUUCAAAUGAAUGUUUCAUAUUCAAAUUUUCUCCCAAAAUACCCUGACACACACAUACACACGUAUACACACACACACACACACACUCACACACACACACACACAUACACACAACAUGAUGCCAAAGUAAGAAUAUUUCUUUGAAGACCAUAUCACACUUUGAAUUCAGCGUUAGUUGAGGUAAAGAAGAGCUCUAUGGUUUUCUUCAAAGCUUUCAAAGGAAAAGACCCCACUCAAAAAAAACACAGGGUGCAGGAAACGGUCACAUUUUCCAAUGGAAUGUUAAUUAAAAGAGGAAUCCAAGAAAAUCUCAAAUUCCGCUGGAAUUCCAAGAGUGACAUUUGUGGUGGCUAUGAAGGAAAACCCAGAAAUGAAUAACACAGUAAUUUUUACAGAUGGUCCAGUGUUAUGCUGCUUUUUGAUGUAUAUACAAGUCACAAUGUUUACAAAGAUCAGAAAUACAUUCUAAUUGUGAGCUAAUAGUGUUCAUGUGUAUGAAUAUGUUCAAAAGCUAUGUUUCAGUGUAUAUUUUUUUUUCAUGUGUUCGUUUACAGAAUGUUUGCAAUAUUUGAUUAUGUAUAUAGUCCAAAACAAAACUUGGUGAAUAUAUUUACAGGUGUCAGAGGGCAUUCAAGACAAGCAUUUAAUGAAGCAUUCCACAAGAUGUUUUAAAUUCUGUAACUUGUAACUUACUGCACUCAACCAGCAUGGUUCACAGAAGGUUAAGUCACAUUAUCUAUUAUACCAAAGAGAAAAGGCAUGAUCUGCUGCCAGAGAAAAGGUUAUUUUGCAGCAUUUCUUUGUAUUUUCAUCCACCAUCUUGUUUACAGUGACCAAAAAGUCUUAAAGGUACAGUAAAAUUACCCCUCCAGAAAUAUUUGCUACUGGUAGGUAAUGAAAGAAAAUGUCAAUAUUAAGGUUUUGAAAUACAGCCCCCCAUACAGUUUCUUUUUAAAUACUCAGUUUCAUGUGCACAGCAGUGAGGCAUGAGAAAACCAUGCUUAACACUCAGUAGCUUAGUAACAAUUGACUGAGACCAUUAAUAUUAAAGGCAGUUUUUUUGCUUUCAGAUCCUGCACUUGGAUUUUUUGACCUACCGUGGAAUUGGUUUUCACAUCCCAAGAGCCCAUUUAGUCGCUAUUUGGUUUGGACUAAAAGGUCUGACGGACUUGUGACUCAGAUCAGAUCGAGCUCCUUACCUAAAUGAGAUGGAGGAGUUUUACCUCACAGUAUAGUUUCAACUGAUACAUGACCAAAGUUAAUAUUUGCUCUUGUUUGCAGUGUUAUUCCACUUUUUAAAUUUUUUUUUAGUUUUACAUCUGGUGACCGCCGUUUGUGGACAAGCUCUCUUGUCCCUCCUGCUGUCGUUGUCUUCUGGUGAAUUCUCACUGACUGAAUUAUGUACCCAAUUAACUGAUUCCCAGAUUUGCUUCACCUGUUGCUAGAUCCAUUAAGAUGUGUGCUUUGAUUGUGUUUUGAAAGGUUAAAGCCUGGUCUGCUGCCGUUUGUACUGCCUCAAAGUCCAUCCAGCAGAUUUACUCUGCAUGUAAAAGACUAGAUUUAGAUAACAUUAAAAUUAAUUCAUACUUUUUCCACACAACAUAAACCACACAACCUUACAAACAUUAUAAGUCUGGUAAGUCGUAAGUCUGGUGAUAUAUCUAUAUUAAUCUUAUUGUAAACAAAUCCCAUGAAAAGACCAAAAAUAGAAAUGAACUGAUUAACAAGUAUUGUCUCUGUACCCAGAGUCUGAUAUUCCUCUGUGCCAUAGACCUCCAUUGUUGUCCAAUCUAUUAAAAACUACAAAGGAGCCACAUCAUUACA